CUCCUCGUGAUGACAGCAAGUGACAGUCCAGUUCGCUCCUGCAGCACCCAGUGAGACACGGCCAACCACAGACAAAACAAUUUCUCGAGGUUGAUUAAUCUCAUGAUCCGCUGUGGUUGAUAGUACUGUGAUACAACAUCACAUACCAUUUAAGUUUGUGCAUUGGCUCUUUGCCUCAAAGCCUGUGAGAGCUGGUGAAGAUGGUGAAGCCAGACAUUCAUACUCUGGCCCACCACCUGAAGCAGGAGCGACUUUAUGUGGCAUCAGAGAAGCAGCUGAUCCAGCGACUCAACAGCGAUGUCCUUAAGACAGCUGAGAGGCUAUACAGGGCCGCGUGGAUUGCCAAGCAACAGCGGAUCAACCUCGAUCGGCUCAUUAUCACCAGUGUGGAAGCCUCACCAGCUGAAUGCUGCCAACAUGCCAAAACGCUGGAAGACACGCAGUUUGUUGAUGGCUACAAGACUCUUGGCUUCAAUGAGACCAUCUAUGGUGAAUUCUUGGCCCGGUUGAGGGAGAACCCCAGACUGGUGGCAUCAUGCCUAGUGGCAGGGGAAAGGCUGAACCAGGAGCACACUCAGGGGGUCAUCCACACCGUCUUCACCUCACUUUAUGGCAACUGUAUCAUGCAGGAAGAUGAGAGCUACUUGUUACAGGUGUUGCGGUACCUCGUAGAGUUUGAGCUAAAGGAAAGUGAGAACCCACGGCGGCUAUUGCGACGAGGCACAUGUGCCUUCAGCAUCCUUUUCAAGCUCUUUUCUGAGGGCUUGUACUCAGCCAAACUCUUCCUAACUGCCACCCUCCAUGAACCCAUAAUGCAGUUGUUGGUGGAAGAUGAGGACCACCUGGAGACAGACCCAGCCAAAGUGACUGAGCGCUUGACUCGAGUCCAGCAGGAGCGCUUUGGAGAGAAGGGCUCUGAGACCUACAGACAAAGAGUACAGGCAGCUGUUGAGACCAAUGAGGCAAAGCUAGUUGCUCUGGUCAACAAAUUUAUUGGUUAUUUGAAGCAGAACACCUACUGCUUCCCUCAUAGCCUGCGAUGGAUUGUGUCGCAGAUGUACAAGACAUUGUCAUGCGUGGAAGGUCUUGAGGUGGGAGAGGUGCGUACCAUGUGUACCGACCUGCUGCUGACCUGCUUUAUCUGUCCAGCAAUUGUUAACCCGGAACAGUAUGGUAUCAUCUCAGAUGCCCCCAUUAAUGAAGUGGCCCGCUUCAAUUUAAUGCAGGUUGGUCAGCUUUUGCAGCAGCUGGCGAUGGCUGAUGACGAUGCAGACCCCAGACGAAAAAGUUGUUUGUCCAAAUUUGAUCAAAGUUGUGUUGCUGCUUUUCUGGAUGUCGUGAUUGGUGGAAGAGCAGUUGAAACACCACCCAUGUCCUCAAUGAACCUUCUCGAAGGCCUAAGCAGGACUGCAGUCUAUGUUACGCAUCAUCAGCUGAUAGCAUUGGUGGAUUUUGUGCGCCGGGUGAUGGCUGGAGAUCACCUUCGGGAGGAGGAGCACAUGGCUCUGGAAACCCUGCUGGCCAAUGUGCCCCAAUCGCAAACUGGGAAGAGCAGCAGUCUGGAACUUACCCCUUCCAACACCCCCCAGCUCUCCCCUGCUAGUACUCCUGCUAAUAAGAAGAACAGACUCCCCUUAGGACAACACUUAGCCGCUCUAACGUCCUGGGACCCUACAACCACCUCCUUGUCGGCCCAUAUUCCAUUAGUAACCCCAUUUGCAGCUGCUCGAAGCCGUAGCCGUACCAACAUAGCCCAGGAGGGGGAAGCAGAGGCUAGCUCCCAAGAGUUGUUGCAAGAUCUGAUGCCAGAAGAGGUGCUUGUAAUAUCGUUUGGAAAUGGCCCUCAGACUAUCCCUGGAAUGAUGUCAGAGAAUGAGGUUUUGAACUUGCAGAUGGCUGAUGCUGCACAAGGCGACAGCCAUGCAGACGACACAAAGCUGCAUGGUAAACCAGACAAAACGCUUCGCUUUUCACUCUGCAGUGACAACUUGGAAGGCAUCUCUGAGGGCCCAUCCAAUCGUUCCAAUUCAGUGUCAUCUCUUGACCUGGAGGGAGAAUCUGUUUCUGAGCUGGGAGCUGGACCCUCAGGAAGCAACGGGGUGGAGGCUCUCCAGCUUUUGGAGCAUGAACAAGCCACCACUCAAGACAACUUGGAUGACAAACUGCGCAAGUUUGAAAUCCGAGACAUGAUGGGCCUGACAGAGGAUCGGGACAUCUCUGAGACUGUCAGUGAGACCUGGAGCACUGACGUGCUUGGCAGUGACUUUGACCCCAACAUGGAUGAAGAUCGGCUGCAGGAAAUAGCAGAAGCGGACGGUAUGCAGGAGACUGAUUUGUUUAUGAAGAAUGUGAGUAUAACGCAACAGCUCAAAGUUGAGACCCGGAAGGCCAAGCCAGGGGCAGCUGCCGAGAACAUGCUCGGCAGCCUGCUGUGCCUCCCAGGAUCCGGCUCAGUCUUGCUGGACCCCUACGGCUCCACGAUCUCAGAGACCACCAGUGAGGCAUGGAGUGUGGAGGUCCUGCCAAGUGAUUCAGAAGCCCCAGAUUUGAAACAGGAAGAACGGCUGCAGGAGCUUGAGAGCUGCUCAGGGGUUGGUAGCACCUCAGAUGAUACAGAAGUCCGGGAGGUCAGCUCGAGACCAAGCACUCCUGGCCUCAGUGUCGUCUCAGGUAUCAGCGCAACCUCAGAGGACAUCCCCAACAAGAUAGAGGAUUUGCGCUCAGAGUGCAGCUCAGACUUUGGGGGAAAGGACUCUGUGACCAGUCCAGAUGGGGAAGAGUCAGGCCACGGAGCGCACCAUCUGACUUCGCCAGCCUCGCAAGCUGAGUCUUUAUUGGUCAUGUUCGAUCCGCUCUCCUGUGGUGAAGGUUCCACCACUGGGACAAUAGUGAGGCCUAAGGUUCACUAUGCCAGGCCUGCUCACCCACCCCCAGAUCCCCCUAUCCCUGAAGCCAGUGCUCUUGGGCAGGAGACACGCCACUCUCUCAUCAUGCCCCACAGCUUGGCUCAGGCUGAGUUUGAGCACAACAAGCAGCGCCACUCCUUCCCUGACCGACUAGUCCGUAGUCGCAGCUCUGACAUUGUUUGCCCAGGCCGGCGACCCACGAGCGACCCUGGGCUGAAUCGUCGUGUUCCAGUUGAAGAGCGUGACUCUGCCGGAGCCUUUGCUUUAGGGCCAUCCUCGUCGCCCAGCAAGGACUCCUUGAAAGGAGAGGCUGAAGACAGAAAAGACAGUGAUGAUGAGAAGUCUGAUCGAAACAGGCCAUGGUGGAAGAAGCGUUUUGUGUCAGCCAUCCCAAAAGCUCCUAUAGCUGCAUUUCGAAAACGAGACAAGCAUGAGAAAGAUGAUAUUGCUCCGGAGCGACUCCCACAAGAUGACCCUAUGCCCAGACAAAACUCCCAAGUCCAAGCAGCAGAAGACAUCCUGGACAAGUACCGAAACAUAAAGAGGACCAGCCCGAGUGAUGGCGCCACAGCAGGAGCGAUUUAUGAAGAUCUUUGUGUUGAGGAAAGUGUUCAUGACUCUCCAAGAGAAGAUGCUCUGCAGAACAUUUCUGCUGAUGAUCUCCCAGAUUCAGCCAGUCAGACAGCCCAUCAGCAUGGCUCAAAGUUCUCUUUUAGUGAUGCCAAGAAAAAGUUGCGGUUGGCAUUGUGUUCUGCAGACUCGGUGGCUCUGCCGAUUCUGACCUCUACAACCACUAGAAAUGGGUUGCCUGACCAUAUGGACCCUGAAGACAAUGAGAUCGUGUGCUUCCUAAAGGUCCAGUUAGCAGAGGCCAUCAACCUCCAGGACAAGAACCAGAUGGCGCAGAUCCAGGAGACUUCGCGUUGCGUCAGCCGUUUCGACCCUCGCACCUGUAGGAAGCUGCUUGCCGCCAUUGCGGAAGAUUACAGAAAACGAGCGCCGUACAUAGCCUAUUUAACGAGAUGCCGCCAAGGUCUGCAGACCUCCCAGGCCCAUCUGGAGAGGCUCCUCCAGAGAGUUCUGAGAGACAAGGAGGUAGCGAACCGCUAUUUUACCACAGUGUGCGUUCGCCUCCUUCUUGAACACAUGGAGUCCAGGAUGCUUGACUUCAUCAAGGCGUUCCAAGUGUGCACAGCAGCAGAUGACAAGACUGCAGCGGUGGAGGAUUUUCUGCGCUACUUGUACGGCGCCAUGGCCCGUGAUGCCAUUUGGCAGUAUGCGAGUGAGGACCAGCUGCAGGAUGCCCAGAUGGCCAUCGAGCGCAGCGUUAUGAACCGCAUCUUCAAGCUGGCUUUUUACCCCAACCAGGAUGGAGACAUUCACAGAGAUCAGCUUUUUCAUGAACAUAUCCAGCGGCUGACCAAAGUCGUGACUGCUAAUCAUAAAGCGCUUCAAAUACCAGAGGUUUACUUGAAGGAGGCGCCCUGGCCCUCUGCACAGUCUGAGAUCAAGACCAUCAAUGCUUACAAGACACCCCGAGACAAAGUCCAGUGUAUACUGCGCAUGUGUUCCACCAUCAUGAACCUUCUCAGUCUGGCUAAUGAAGACUCUGUGCCCGGAGCUGAUGACUUUGUUCCCGUGCUCGUCUUUGUCCUCAUCAGGGCAAACCCGCCUUGCCUGCUGUCCACCGUUCAGUACAUCAAUAAUUUCUACGCCAGCCGGCUGAGUGGGGAGGAGUGCUAUUGGUGGAUGCAGUUCACCGCGGCGGUGGAAUUCAUUAAGACCAUCGACGAUCGCAAGUGAAGCAGAACAGCCACCUGUAUGGGCAGACUGUGGGGGAAGGAGCCGGGAGACUGGGAACCUUCCCAACCAACUGCUCCCUCUGCACAGCAUUUGAAACCUGGCCCUCAGCCUGCUCGUCGUGUGUAUAGCUUGUACAUAGCCACAGACGCUCAAAGAUUACAGAAUAUAUAUAUAUAUAUAUAUAUAUAUAUAUAUCCUGUGCGUAUGUGGACAAAUCCAGGUUUUUGCCGUGGUGGGAAAACGGCAAUGGGGAAAAUUUGCAACCUGUUAACCUUGACCUUGAUUUGGGUUUUGCAUUUUAUAUUUUUGUCUCUCAAGUCAUGUUUCACUUUUUGGGUGUAUGUAUUCGGAUUUUUAUAUAUAGGCAGUUAGACAAAUCCAACCUUAAAUGAUAAACCUCUUCCAACCUAAAUGAUAAAAUUAUUUAAAGGGACCAGAAUUAGUUUGUGUGAUUGUCUCAUUUUAUUAUUGCCCCUGAGAGUGAGAGUAAAUUCGUUUCAAUUACUUUCUAUUAAAUUGAAUAUUAGAAGCACUGUAACUGACGAUGAGAUUCAGUGACUCCCACCAUCGUGGAUUCUCAUUAACCUCCCACUCUAUUCCAAAUUACAUGGCAGCUUUUUUAAGGUCAAUCUCAACCCAAAUGUGUGUCGAUUGAUAAUUUGGACACAAGGGCCCACAUGUUAAUUUUAUGCUUCCAUGUAAUGCUUUAACUCACUAAUUUAAACAUGCAUAUCAUGCCCAUUUGUGAGGCAGGGAAGCUUUUAUGAUGAACGUGAAGAAAAAAAAAAGUGAGGAAUACACCUGAGCGGUCCUGCCUUGGGAAUGCUGAGUGAUGAGGAUAUACAGGGUCGGCUUGUUGCGUUAAAGACACUGUAUAUUGAAAAUAGUGCCUUUAUUUGGGGCGCCCUGUACAGUUUACAAUGAGUUUUCUGCAUAGACGACCUGCCCCCACACCAGCGCAAGUGCGCACACGCGCUCUUCACUGGGCCAACUACAUUCAGCACAUCUUUCACAUGUUACUGAUUGCCAAGACUCAGUCACUUUAAUGCACUUGAAUUUGAGCAAAUGCCCUUCUUUGAUAUUAGCAUUGUUAUCUGCCUGCUCACACCGACUGCUAAAUAGGUGAAUUACACAACUAGAUCGCUUCUGUGGAUUCAAAGCUUUCCCUUAGAGUUGCAAUUUGGAGUUGCGAAGCAUUUUUCUUAUUUUAAGUGAACAAAGCUAUUUUAUUUCUCAUCUGCAGUAUGCCUGAGAAGUAACGUUAUUGCCUGAUUGGAUCGCAGCUCUCUACCUCCUCAUCCAUUCAAGAAAGGGACUGGCAUUUGUGCACUUAUUUAUUUUCCUCUGGACGGUUCAGUUUUUGUGCACUGAUGUGCCAUUAGUUGACCUUCCGUUAAUGAGCUGACAGCACAAUGCACAUUAGAUAGGGAGAGCAAAUACUCAACACUGUUCACUGGUUACUGCCUUUCAGUUAAUGCUCUGCCGUUUGUGUGUAUCCUUUGUCCAAUGGGCAUGUGAGAGGGGCGGGGUGUCAUUGGUUGAGCCACUGGCCCAUCGUGCAUGAAGUCACAAGAGUGGUCUGCACAUUUUUAGUCGAUAUAAAAGAGUCCCGACCUGCAACAGGCCAGUAAGUGACCCUGCCAGAAGAUGCGAAACACUUUUCUUUGCGUCAUUGCAACUAUAGCUUAUUUUGCACAAAAUGUGUAUGUUCCUAAAAUAAAUUGGCAGGGAGUAGUCCAUUUUGAGACCUGACUGUUACUUUCAAUGUGAGUUUAUACAGUUUCAGUCUACUAGUCGCUCAUGAACCUUGCGUACACUCCCCCCUGCAGUCUGUAAUCCAUUCCAGAAGAAGCAUCCACUGGAAAAUCAGCUUAUAGGUUGCAUCGUUACUAAGUGGGUUCAUGGGAAACAUGCUGCACAAAUCUACAGAGCAGCUAUUGUAUAAAUGACAUCAUUCUGGAUCAAAAUAUAUAUAUUUAGGGGAAAAAAUUACCCAGCCAUCUUUUUAACUCGUGUUCUUAAAAAGCUUUAUUGCUCUGCUUCCUGUGCAAUAGCGCUGAAUGGCUGUUAGAGAGAAAAGAAAGACACCUUGCAUCUAAUUUGAAACGUAAGCUUGCUCACCUGUGAAAUGCAGGGACAGUCGGUUUGUCUUUACUGUGAUUAAUGCGUUAUGUAAUUCUUUAGAAACAAUAAAAGAACAUGGUGUUUUCCCCUUA